CAGAACGAAGCAACGGUUAAAUCUGGAACCAUUUCUUAGAAAAACUACUCCCUCUUCGGACUCCAAUACCGCGUUUCACUUCCUUCCAAGCCACUUCUCAAUCUCUCUGGUCCUACUUAUUAUUAUUUGGUACUCGAAUCUCUGCUAAAUAAUAUAAACGCAUCCUCUGUAACAUUCCAUAUCUGCACACUUCCCGUAUCGAGAAGAGUUUUGGAGAAAGAGAGGGAGAGAAAGAAAGAGAUACACAAUGGCCAGCGCUGAUCUGGAGAGAGGAGGGGCAAAGGCCAGGAGGGCGAACGACAAUUUCUAUGUUGAUAACUCGGAUCACGAAUGGACUUCUUGGUUGAUACCAAUCUUUGUGGUGGCCAAUGUUGCUGUCUUCGUUGUGGUCAUGUACGUCAACAACUGCCCAAAUAACAAUCUGGGUUUUGAAGGGGGUUGCGUGGCCAAGUUUCUUGGCAGGCUCUCGUUCCAGCCUCUCAAGGAGAACCCUCUCUUUGGACCUUCUUCUUCUACAUUGGAUAAAUUAGGAGGUCUGGAGUGGUACAAGGUAGUCCACGGGCAUCAAGCAUGGAGACUUGUCAGCUGUAUCUGGUUGCAUGCAGGUGUUAUUCACCUGCUUGCAAACAUGUUGAGCUUGGUCUUUAUUGGGAUCCGCCUAGAACAGCAAUUUGGUUUUGUGCGAGUUGGUAUACUCUAUAUGUUGUCUGGAUUUGGUGGGAGCAUAUUAUCUUCCCUCUUUAUUCAGAAAAAUAUCUCUGUUGGUGCUUCUGGUGCUUUAUUUGGCCUUCUUGGAGCAAUGUUAUCGGAGCUUAUAACUAAUUGGAGCAUUUAUAGCAAUAAGGUUGCUGCUCUAUUCACCCUUGUUGUCAUCAUUGCCAUCAACUUGGCAGUUGGAAUUCUUCCUCACGUCGAUAACUUUGCCCACAUCGGAGGAUUCUUGGCAGGUCUUCUGCUUGGAUUUGUUUUGCUACUUCGACCUCAAUUUGGGUGGGUGGAAAGACAGUAUCUUCCAGCUGAUGCCCGUGUCCGUUCCAAGCACAAGUCUUACCAAUAUGUCCUCGUGGUGGUUUCCCUGAUCUUACUGAUUGUUGGAUUUACAGUGGGAUUAGUGAUGCUGUUUAAAGGAGAGAAUGGAAACGAUCACUGCAGCUGGUGCCAUUAUCUUAGUUGUGUGCCUACCUCGAAGUGGAAAUGUGAUAACUGAUGAAAGUUUGCUCUUUCUUUAAAGUAUUUUAAUUCUCCAUGUCUUAGCAUCUUCCCGUCGCAAAUUCUUUUUCUUUCCCCCAACUAUUUUAAUUUUUCAUUUGUUACUUUCACUCAUGUACAUGCAUAUUUUCGUGGUUCCCUUCCCUGGACAUCAAGAAAGUGAAGUUGGGUACAGUUUAUACAGUUACUCGUAUUGUACACAAGCUAUUGAGUAUUGAGUCAUUAGAGAAUGAAUUUUAUUUGUUUC